CGGAUUUUGGUUGUUUUGGAUUAAAGCUACUGAGGUUUUGGAAGGAAUGGUUUGGAAUCAAAGGAACGUCUCCACUGUGGUUUCAGCAACCUAGUUUCUCUACUUAAAUUUCACUGUAGCAUGUGUUAAUUGAAUGGGAGUUUGAAUACGGCUAAAUUAAAUGAUGAAGACUGAAGUCGACAUGAUGACCAACGUUUUGUUGGAUGUGAGUUGUCUCGGGUCGCAUCAUGUCUCUUUUCAACAUACCGACACGAAAUCAGUGAAACACGAGGAUGAUGUCCUUCAGGUUCUAGUCACAGAAAUUAAAGAAGAUGAAGAUGGGCUGCAGGGCAAUCUCAAUGUGGUGAAAACUGAGGAGAGUGUCUUGCAGGACCUAGUGAUGGGAAUUAAAAAAGAAGAGGAAGAUGAUGUUGAUGAUUAUGGUGGAGCUGUCACCUCCACAGAGCAGACCUCCUCCUCCUCACGUGAAGAAAUCAAAGCUGAACUGCUGCAGGAUCAAGAUGUGAAAUCGGACAUGUCUCCAGUCCUGAGCGCUGAGAUGAAACAUCCUCCUCCAGGUCUGGUGUCUCUAUUCCAUCUGAAGAGAGUAUCAGUGCGACUCAUUGACUGCCGCAAAACACCAGGUCUGAAAGGAGAGAUAAAGACCCACAAGAGACGAGGACGAAAACCAAAACCAAACAGAGGCAAAGGAAAGUCCAAAGCUGAUAGGCCCUACGAGUGUGAUCAGUGCCGCAGCAGUUUUUCACGGGCAGAACAUCUCAAACUACACCAGCGUAUUCACACAGGAGAGAGGCCGUACUCCUGCCGACAAUGUGGAAAAAGAUGCUCAACUACAUCGAGUCUGAAAUCACACCAACGCACUCACACAGGAGCCAAGCCCUACCAGUGCCGUUUAUGUGGGCAACGCUUCACAGCGGCAGCGAGUCUCGAACGACAUCAGCACAUUCACACGGGAGAGAGACCGUUUCCCUGCUCGCAGUGUGGAAAACGUUUUACGGCGGCAGUUCAUCUCCGAGAGCAUCAAGUUGUUCACACCGUAGCGCAGCCGUACUCAUGCGACGAGUGUGGCCAGUGCUUCUCAUUUGUUGCAAAUCUCAAGCGCCACAAACGCAUUCACACCGGAGAGCUGCGGUACCAGUGCCAGACGUGUGACAGACGCUUCGCACAUACGAACACUCUGAGGCUACACCAGCGCACUCACACGGGAGAGAGGCCAUAUUGCUGUCCUAAAUGCGGGAAAGCCUUCUCACAGGCGUCCGAUGUCCAGCGCCACAUGGCGGUGCACACCAGAGACAAGCUAUUCGAGUGCCAACAGUGUGGCAAGCGCUUUUCGCAGGCGGGAAAUCUCAGACACCACCAGCGUCUUCACUUGGGACAUAAAAUCUACCGCUGUGACCAAUGUGGGAAGCAUUUUGCGCAGGCAGGAGCUCUGAAAGUUCACAAGUUUCGUCACACUGGGGAGAAACCUUACCAGUGUUCACAAUGUGAUAAAAGGUUUUCUGAUGCUCAGAGUCUCAAACGGCAUCAGCUAGUUCACUCGGGAGACCAGCCGCAUCGCUGUAAUCAAUGUGGUAAAGGAUUCUCACUGGCAUCAAAUCUCAGACGCCACAAGCAGAGUCAUACAGGAGAAAAACCCCACCAGUGCCCACGCUGUCAUAAACACUUCACCCAGAAAGGAACUAUCAAACAGCACCUACGUCUGUACUGUAGAGCGAACAGAACAGCAGUUAGAUAAUCAAGAUUACCAACGUCUGUACUUGUAUUCACUUGGCGAAUCAAGAUCAACUGUACCACUGUGAUCAGUGAGAGAAAAAAAUCAUCACAGGCAGGAAAUCUCAAGGAUCACUAGAGUAUUCACAUGGGAGAAAAGCGUUAUCAGUGCAAUCAGUUUGGUAAAGGGUUUUCACUGGCACAAAAUCUCAGAUGACACUAGAGACAUGCCCUACCAGUAAAAGCCCACCUGGGAAACUCCAACUCCCAUUGUCAUUGUAACACAGCAUUCCACAGCACACAAAUGCACACUGAACACAAAAAAUGCAUUUAUGCCUCAUCCGUGCAAGGGGCAGCCUUCAAUGGCACCCGAAAGGGGGCAGUGUGGCGGGAUGGUACCAUGCUCCAAGUACCUCAGUCAUAGAGGUGCUUAAUUACUCCCCCUACCAACCUGGUGGGUCGGGGAGUUGAACCGGCAGCCUUUGGAUGACAAGUCUGACGCUCCGAUCACUUACCCAUGACUGCCCACUGCUAACUGUUCUUAUUAGGAACAUUUCUUAAAGGCAUUAGAUCUCAAACCACAGCCGUGUGGACAAGGUUUGUGUCAGGUAGGACAUCUUGGGGCACGCUGUAGGGCUGAUAAUCCCUUGGUGGUUUGUGUUGUUUUCUUUUGUUAUUUUUGUUUGUUAGUUUGUUUCAAUGCGUUAAACACUUUUUGGCUUUUUAAAACAUUUGAGUGCCUGAACAUGAGACCUUUUCCACCUUUUUGUUCACAUAUAGAAACUGUUGUAGUUUCAAAUAAAUUAUGAUUUGGAAUGAUGAACAUCGAAGUUAA